AUGCAGAUGUUGAAACAGUACAUACUGAACGGUUGGCCAGACAAGCAUCAUAUUGUACCAGAACUUAAACAAUAUUGGUCACUUGCAGAUGUACUGACCUAUGAGGAUGGCCUUCUAAUGAAAGGGGAGAGAAUAGUUAUCCCAAGAGCAUUAAGAAAAGAAGUUGAAACCAAACUACAUGCAGCACAUUUAGGGUAUGAUGCCAUGAUGAGAAGAGCAAGGGACGCAGUUUUCUGGCCGGGAAUAGCGGCAAGAAUAAGAGAAAUAGCUAAUGCAUGCCAACCUUGUCAGCAAAGUAAACCUGCAAACCAGAAAGAAAGCUUAAUACAGCAUAAUGAGGGUUUAAAUCCCUGGGACAAAACUGGGAUAGAUUUGUUCAAAAUAUUUGACCAACAAUACCUUGCCAUAGUUGACUACUAUUCAAAUUUUAUUGAAGUAGAACAUCUGCACACGACAACAAGUCAAGUUGUUAUAAGAAAACUAAAAAAUUUGUUUGCCAGAUAUGGAGUCCCCAAAGUUUGUAUCAGUGAUUUUGGACCUCAGUUUUCAUCUGCUGAAUUCACCGCAUUUAUGAAAGCAUGGGGUGUCCAUCAUUUAAAAUCUUCACCAGGACACCAUCAGUCAAACGGCAAGGCAGAGGCAGCAGUGAAAAUAUUAAAGAAUCUGAUGAAAAAAUGA